UUAUAUAGAGCUCAGCUGGAGACAAAACCGGAAGUGUAAACACUGUAACCUCUUGAUUCUUUUAGUAUCGUCUGCCGCCUCUUUGGCGAUUGGUCAGAUGACCAUCGUCAUCUCGGUGACGUCUAAACACUUCCAGGUCGAAUCGCAUGUGGAGUGUUUUGCGUGUUUUGGUGAAGAUUCUUGUAUUUACGUGUUUCAUGUCUAAGAUUUUUCACGGAUCCUUCGGUGAGUCCUACGAUGGCGAAAGUGCGUCGGUCCAAUGAGUGGACUGAAUCCGACGCUGUUGCUGAAGUUGCCGCAGCGGAUCCAUCGGAUUUUGUGCUGGAAACGUUCCCUCCUGAAUAUGUGGACAGAAUUUCGAGGUUUAUAGAGUCUUCUUCUGUUCUCUGUUCGAGUCAGAACAGAGAGGAUGGUGCAGCCGAAGGAGAGCCCACUGAAGCAGACAGUGACUCAGCGGACAGCCUGUUCAUCACUCAGAAGCCUGUACCUGAGGCCGUGAGGUCAGGAAGACGGAAGCGCCGCGGCCCACGAUCAGGUCUCACGUCUCCCAGAGAGCGAGAGGAAAGUGAAGAUGACAGUUCACCUUCGGCCUCCCUUCAAGACACCAGAAGUAAAAGGAAAAAAAAAGAGACAAAACUCAGAAUGCCAAAGUACAGUUUCCCGUUCCUCAAAGACAAGAUGCCGAAAGCCAAGGGCAUUUUUUUAAGUGAAGUGCAAAACACGAGGCUACAUUAUUCUUCAGUGGGGGCCUUCUUUGAUUGUAUAAGAAAGCUGCAACAGAGCUAUCAAACCGUAGAGGAUCUGGAGUCAAAUUUACCAGCAAUUGACAUGAAUGGAGAGUGCAUAUCUCCAAUAUCAGAGGGAGAAGAAGAAAAUGUAGGAGACGAGGACAUGAAAGUGGUGGCAAAGAAGCAUUUUGUGAUACCAUCAAAAAGGAGACACUCACAGUCCUGGUAUAGCGAGAAGAAGAGAAAUAGUAAAGGAAAACAGUGGAGGGAAGGACUUACUGGUGAUGAAAUGCCACCAGGAGGAUGGGGGGUUGUGUUACAUAAAAUACCAGCUAAGAAACCCUCAUUGAGAGCUGCACAGUCUUCAGAUUUGGAGAGCUCUGAUGAUGAAGAUCCUUCUUGUAGCAUUCUGAGAGAGAAGAGGACGAGUAAUAAACAGCUCACACCCCAAAGCGUCCGCGCUCAAACCGUAACUCUAAAGACAAACAGUAAAAAGAGAGACAGCUCUGAGGGAAAAGAAAUGGAGGAUGAGCUGAGUGACAGCAGUCCUCCACAAAGUCCAAAGGAAUGCAUGCAAAAGUGCAGAGUUUCAAACAAAGAGGAGCUAUCCCAGGAAGGGCGGGGAGACAGUGAGCCUGCAGACCAAAGUUUCUUCCAGAGUGACACCAAUAAUGUUGCUACAUGCAGUGAAACCAAAGUGAAGAAGAAGCAAAAUCACAGAGAACAUAAUGAAAGUGCAGAAGAAGCUGAUGAUGAAAGUCAGGAGGAGGUGGAGGUUCAGUAUGCUGCACUGACUGUGAAUGAGGAAAUCACUGAGGUGGAGGAAAGUCCUCAUCUGUCACAGACCAUCAGCGAGCUGGAGCUUAAUGAAAAAAAUAGGAUGGAGGAGAGUGACAUCUCUGAUUCAGAACAGAGGAAGAAGAAAAAGGACAAGCAAGAAAACGAAAAUACAGAAGAAGAAAAGAGCCAGGACGAGCUGGAGGAUCAGCACACUGCAUCAUCUUUGAAUGAGGAAAUCACUGAAGUGGAAGAGACUCAACAUCUAUCACAGACUGUUAAUGAGCUGGAUCUUAAUGCAAAAAUCAGUUUGGAGGACAGUGACGUUCCUGAUUCGCAACAGAAGAAGGUGAAAGAGGACAACAAAGAAAUCAAAAAUGCAGAAGAAGAAAAGAGCCAGAGUCAGGACAAGCUGGAGGAUCAGCACGAUGCCGCAUCUGUGAAUGACAAAAUCACUGAGGUGGAGCAGGAGACUCCCUGUGUGGCACAGGUCACCAGUGUGCUUGAUGGUACCGGAAAAACUGUGAUGGAGGACAGUGACGUGACUGAUACACAACAGAAAAAGAAGAAGAAAAAGAAGAAGGUGAAAGAGGACAACAACGAAAACAAAAAUGCAGAAGAAGAACAGAGCCUGAGUCAGGAUGAGCUGGAGGUUCAGGGUGCUGCAGCAUCUGCGAAUGAGGAAAUCAUUGAGGAGGAGGAGAGUGACAUUCCUCAUUCACAACAGAAGAAGAAAAAGAAGAAAAGAAAGA